GCAGAGGUAUAGCUUGUAGGUUUUAGAAUUUGGAUGCUGGACGGGUUGCUGGAGUUAUAAACAGAGGUCUCUUGUGAAUGUUCUUGUAACAGGUGCCUAUCUUCCUCCUCCAAUUCCCUCUGUGCCGAUGCCUGUGCCUGAACACGCUUCCAGCAGUCCAGAGUGGCACAACAACAUUCCUUCCAUCUCAGAGGGAAGAGCACAUCAAGCUUUCGAAGAGUACGUCUCCAGCAAGUGCUGCUAUAGUUCUGCCCCGGUCAGAGAUGGGGUCAUAACUAACAUGGAGUCCUUUAAUACCUACAGGUAUCGUUUGGAGACAUUCACAGAGUCCAGAUCUACUGAAUGGAGUCAGGAGCCUUACACAGGGCAGCAUGUUGAUGCCGGUAUUCAGCGUCCUCCAGGACCGUGGGAGAUCGCAGCUCAACCUCCAUCCUACUUUAUUGACCACAUGGAGACCAUUAGAGUGCCUUACACUUCCUCAGUCAAGAAAUGUAACCCAUGCAGUGGAAUGGGAAAAAACUCCUGUUCUUCCUGCACUGGAACUGGAAGUAAAGUGUGCUCUGAAUGUAACGGUUCUCGUCAACGUCCUGAUAAUGAGUCCUGCAAUAAAUGUGACUAUAGAGGACAGGAAAAAUGUAGUUCAUGUAGUGGCAGUGGCUUUCACAAGUGUGACACCUGUGAUGGAAAGGGACAGCUGCUCGUCUUCAUCAGCCUCAAAGUUAAAUGGUAUUAUCAUUAUAAUUUCACUGAUAAUAUCCUAACCCUGUACACUCUGUCAAACUCAUCGUCUCAAUCUGAAAGCUAUUUUCUGGGCCAUUUCAGGAGCACUGAGAAGGACGAUUACACAGCACAAGAUUCGAGUGGACUGAGACCAGAAAAGCUGGGAAAGGUUUCAGGAAAGGAGCUCUUCAAAGACGCCCAGAUUAUGGUCUAUCCAGUGAUGGGUUUCCCCGAUGUUUCUGUUGCACAAGCAUCUGAACGUUUAAUCAGAGACCAUCAGGUGAAAUAUACCAAGGAUUCUCGCAUACUACAACAGAGGCAGACGAUUGAGCUCAUUACCAUAACAAGAGUGAAUUACACAUGGAAAGAGAAGUCCUAUGUAUACUAUGUGUAUGGAAAUGAGUUGAAAGUGAACGCUGAUGACUAUCCCACCACCUGCUGCUGUUCUGUCAUGUGACUCAAGUUGAUUCAAACCGUACUGUACAUCCCACAUUCAUCACAUCUCAAAAACACCUGUCAGAGAUGGCUAUUAUUCCAUAUUUUAAAACUGUUUAAGACAAAAGUACAUUAUGAUCAUAUACAU